ACUGUCUGGAUGAACCGGCGCACACUUUAUGCUGCACCUUUGUCUCCUCCAUUUGCUUUUUCCACAAUUUGCUUCUUUCUUUCAAAUUAAACUAUACUUUCUUUCUUCCCUUACCAAAAAACCUCCAUCCCCUGCCGCUGGCCCUCAUCACUUUCACUCCGUACCCCUCCCCACCCUAUUCAAGAAACCUCUUUACUCUCUCCAAUCCCAAAUCCUCCCAUUUUUCUUCUACUGAAACACAAUCAAGAAUUCUUUUUUUUUGGUGUGUGUGUUUCUGCUAAGCAAGAAAAUUAGUGUACAGAGGUACCAAAGUUUGUCUGGGAAAAAUGCUACAUUUCUUGUUCCUGCUGUUGAGCUUGAGCUUCAUCCACCCCACAACCUCAAAAUCUACUAUUGAGCCAUGUUCCAACUCUGACACAUGCUCUUCCCUUCUUGGUUACUCUCUUUAUACUGACCUUAAGGUUUCUGAAGUGGCCUCACUCUUUCAGGCCGACCCGAUCUCUCUUCUCACUACAAAUGCUAUUGAUAUCUCAUACCCAGAUGUUGAAAACCAUAUACUUCCAGCUAAGUUAUUCCUUAAAGUCCCUAUUACUUGUUCUUGUGUGGAUGGGAUCUUUAAGUCUGCCUUUGUUCAUUACAAGACUAGGCCUUCUGAUACUCUGUCUUUGAUUGCUGACACUAUCUAUGGUGGUCUUGUUUCUGCUGACCAGAUCAAGGAAGGAAACCCCAAUGCUGUGGGUCCUGACCCUUCAGUGCUCAGUGUUGGAGCCAACCUUUGGAUUCCUCUUCCUUGUACUUGCUAUAAUGGGACUGAUAAUAAUCUUCCUGCUAUUUACAUGUCCUAUGUUGUUAGACCUGUAGAUACUCUUGCAGGGAUUGCUGCUAGGUACUCCACCACUCUCACUGACCUUAUGAAUGUCAAUGCAUUAGGGGCUCCUUCUAUUAAGGAGGGUGACAUUCUUUCAAUUCCCUUGUCUGCGUGUACAUCUAGCUUCCCAAGAUCUGCCUCAGAUUAUGCCUUAUCUGUUGCGAAUGGGAGCUAUGCUAUUACUGCUAGCCACUGUGUGCAAUGCAGUUGUGGACCAGGGAGCCGGAAUUUGUACUGCAUGCCAGCUUCCUUUGCAGUUUCUUGCUCAAGCAUGCAGUGCAAGAACAGCAAUCUCAUGCUCGGAAAUGUCACUGUACAACAGAUUGGUGGUGGUUGCAAUGUGACUUCUUGCAAUUAUGGAGGCGUUGUUAAUGGAACCAUCAUCACUACAUUAUCCACAUCUCUUCAACCUCGAUGCCCUGGAUCCCAACAAUUUCCUCCGCUUGUUGCCCCACCUACAUCAGUAGGCCCAGACUCAAUGUUUGCUCCUGCUCCUUCACCUUCUGAAUCUGGUGGUGUUCCCAAUGAUGGUCCACAUACUUCUAUGGUGCCGUCAUCUGGAUCAAUCAUAGCAUUUCCACCUUCAGGUGGACCAAGUGGAAGUGCAUCUUCUGCUUCCUUGUUGAACCCUUUUGUUAGUUUUCCACUUGCAGUUUUCUUGUGCUUGUCUAUGAAAUAUGCGAUCUCACAUCCAUUAUAGUUCUCAUGAGUUGUGGAUGACCAGGUGAGGGAUUUUUCCCUUGUUAGAUUAAAGAGGAAGGAUGUGGAAUUUUGUGUUGCUUUUUGUCCUACAGGUGUAGUUUUCACUUGAAUGUUGUAGGGUGUACUAUUUAUUGCUCCCAAAUUCUGAAUUAAUUGUGAUUUUUUUUUAAUGAAUUUUUAUUGUAACCCUCA